ACUAGAUAUUAAAUUAUUUCGGAUUUUCGUGCCUGUCACACAAUUUUAGAAAAUGAUUUGACUGAUUGAAAAUGAUUUCCCAAAAUUCUUGCAUUAUUUGUCAGAAGGCAGAUGAAAAUCUAACAGACGUGUUCCUCAAAAAGGAAGACAUUACAAAUUUGAAACAACAGCUUUCGUUUUGCGUUCCUGAGAUUAAUUGGAAUUGUUCGGAAGUUCCGCCCUACGUUUGUGAAUUAUGUGUGGCAAAAUUAAAUGUGGCUGUAGAUUUUCGACAAAAAUGUUUAGAAAAAUAUGAAAGCCUCACAGAAACAAUAACACCUGAAAUUGAUGAGUUGAAGACCAAAUUAAAAGAACUCGAAAAAGAACGUCUGAAAACUGACCUUAAAUGUUCCGACAGUCCAUGCAAGUUAAUAAAACGAUUUUCAAGAUUUAAUAUCGGAAAUGCUAGGGGGUGUUACUCAUGUAAUGACUGCAGAAAAAACGGAUCUUUAUCGGUAGAUAAAAUUUUAUCUGGAAGAGUUGUGAGGAAGCGCUCUAAGAGAGCAGAAGUUCUGCUCCCAUUAGUACAAGAUAAAUCCGUAAACGUUUCAGAGGAUGACUUAUUAAGUUCCAUCGCAAGUGAUACUAACGAGAAACUGGAUUUUGAACAGAAACUUAUCCAGUAUUAUAAAGACACAGCUGAUGGUACAAGUAGCAUUGACUCGUUUGAUAAAAGCACAACAGUUUCUAGAUGCGGAUAUAAUUACAUAAAUCCGUUUGUAAAAGACCACUCCAAAUCUGCUACCGAGCAAAUUUUGCAAGACCUUUGUACAAUAGCUUUUCCUCUAACAAGCAUGAGACACAUAUUUAAUCUCAAUAGAAACUAUCAAAUCAAAAGUAAAAGAUCUGCGUCAGUUGAAAGCAGUAGAAAAGCCAGUUUGGAUUCACUUAGUGAAAGUAAUUCCUGGAAAUACUGUACAUAUAAAAAUUACACCCCAUCCACAUAUUCAUUUAAAUCUCAAAGAAGCCAACGUUCUUACUUGAACGAGAGGACGCUCAAGUGUAACAUUUGUGGAAAAGAAUACAAAUUUGAGAAGAAAUACGCAAAACAUAUGCUGGAUAAGCAUGGAAUUCAAAAUGAAGAUUUGUCCAUAAACAGCUACAGUUGUCCCAAUUGUAAUCUUAAAUUCUAUACCCAAACUCAAUUGGAUAGGCACGCAAAAAUACACUCCCAGGGAGCGACAUAUAAAUGUGACUAUUGUGAACGAUGCUUUGUUCGUCAAGUAAAUUUACACAAGCACAUGAGAAGUAAACAUGACAACGAUUUAUCCACUUUUGGCGAUAAAAACCGGGAGAAGUCCUCUGCUCCAUCGGAUACUCCCAAAAGUGAAUCUCAAAAGGUUUAAUUACAAUUGUCCAAUAAUUUGAUGAGUAUCUGUCAUUUUUUUGUGAACAAUAGUGUACUUAAGUAAAGAAGUAGCGCCAAAUGUAACAUUCCUUUGUAUUUGAAUGUGGUUUUUAUUAAUUCGUCGCAUAAGUACUUAUAUAAUAAACAAUUCCAUAGUA